ACAAUUACUAAACACGUUUCCUGGUAUCCAUGUUAUCUUAAGUGGCUAUGAUGUUGCGUUAAAAUGGCAGACAAUGUUUUACGUAUUGGCAGAUUCCUCCGGGUUCUGGCUCAUCCAAUCUUUCCAACAACAUUGAAACCUGUGCAAAAUGAUUCGGGGAAAAAGGUAGCAUUUCUACUCUUCAUGCACAUAAUCUCAAGUCUGUUUGUCUUCAUUGGCGUUUUUGCCGCAGACCAAGCAAUAUCUGCCGAGGCCAAUACUGGAAACUGGGUAAUUGUGAUGACAUUUGUUACUUUGGGAUUUGCAUCGUUAGUAGCUCUCACUGUGAGGGGCUGCCAAAACAAACUGAAACUCCAAGGAAAGAAAACAUCCUCUACGACGGACCCUUCCCUUAAUCUUCGGAUAAUCUUUCUCUGGAUCUUUGGGCUGGCUGUUACCAUUCACGUCUCCAUUAAUUUCGCCAUUUAUAUCGAAUGUAUCGGAUCGUUUACAUUGAGAAGUGAACGUGUGGUAUUGUCAUUUUUAAGUAAUGUCAUAAUGUUACUAUUCCUACUUGUCCAAACCAGCUUUAUUUCUUAUUUUCGAAAUUCACUGUUUGUACAUGACUCUAUUGUAAACAUUGCAAGCAUCAUGAUUUUAGCUGCAAACUUUGCUCUAUGGUUCAACACUAUGGUUUCCAACAUCAACGUGUUCGAUUUGUCAAAGAACGCCACUGUUCCACAAUACAGCAACGAGUCUUACUGUUUUCGCACUUCAAGAAUACAACGGGAAUUGAGCAGAAAAGUCACGCCUUACCUGUUGCCACCGAGGCUGGAGUUCUGUAUACUUGCGUCAAGUUUUAUAAUCGCCUUUUGGAGAUGGCCUGUAGAGUCUGACGAAGAAACCUUCGACAAUGAGGUAGCUAGAGGCGAAAGAGAUGAGUACCAAAUACUUUCCCCACACAACAGACAUGAUGUAAAAGGACCACACAUUUUUAUAAUGGUGAUUGCAUUGCUCAUCAACACACCAUUAUCUGUUGCUAAAAUACUGCAAGCCUUUGUCUUCUCUUGGAAAAAUGAAAGCGUUUUCUUCGUUAUGCACUUAGGGGAAUGUUUUAGCGCCAUCUGUAGUAUCGUUGCCAUCUACGUUUGCAGUUACAUCCUCACCAAAGGAUUCAAUUGCUGCUGGAGACCAUCCAAAUUGACCACCAAUGAAUAUGUUUUGAUUCUGGCCUCUUCCGGAAUGGUGGCUUAUUAUAUGUUUGGAUUUCUCACUGCGCUGGCUAGUCCAGGUCCCGUCAAGAUGCUCGUUUUUACUCGAACAGUAGGUAUGUUUGAAUCCUACCUACAGACCCAUUUUUUAAUCAAAAUCAAACGUUAUAGUACCAUUGGACGGUCAUCCAUUGUCAUCUCCUCUGCAGGGAUAUUGCUGAUGAUCACAAACCUCACAUACUGGUUUCUCACCUCCUACAAUCCCCGCACCGUUGCUACAGACUUGGAGCUUGAACUUGUGGAGCGUAAAAGUUGGCUGUACAUUCAGAACACACUGGUGCCUUUAUUUACGUUCUACCGAUUAUUCUCUGGGAUGAUGUCGUAUUCAAUAUAUUCUAGGUUCAGGCCUCGAUGAUUUAUAACAGAAGUGUCUUUAUGGAUGAUAAAAAUAAAAGAUAAACAAAAGAGAUGUUGUAACUCGCCAGGGUACAAACAUAUUUAAAAAUUAAACGAAGUCAAUUCUUUAUUUAUAUAACAUUUAUUCAUUUAACAUGUAAAAUGAUUUUGAUAAUGAAUUGCCCCUAGAAUGUGUAUGUCUAAACUUAAAUAAAGGCUUAAUAAAUACAUUAUAACUCAAGCAAGUUAAACAGGAUAUAUUUGACAGG